AUGUCCUUUAUACUCGAACCAUCCUCAGAAGCCUACCGCGAACGCAAAGCCAAGAACCAACGCUCGCAACCUCAACCACAACCACAAGAUCAACAACUUCAAACACAAGCUCAACCUCAAACCAAUCAACAAAAUAUGUCAAUGCAACAGCAACAAAAUGGAGGGCAAUUAGCUCACAAUUUCCAACCACAAUUCCAACAAGCAAAACAACCCGAUACAAAGAAACCUCGAUACAAGGGAGGAAACUAUGGACCGGGUACCAUCUCCCAACGUAUCGAAAAAGCCAUGCACGAUCUCGAGCAUCAAACAUGGCGCUGUCGUCUCGACAAACCUUCCGCACUCCUCGAAUACAUUGAUCCUAAAGCCGUAUUUGCAUCUCCCGAAUACGGUAUUUUGACCAAUGAUUCCGAACCGACUCUGAAAGAAACACUCGAGGAUGAUGAUAUGCGCACAUGGAAUUCGUAUGAAAUCAAAGAUAUGAAGAUUGUGGAAGUGAGCAUGAUGGCUGCAGUGGUGGUCUAUGAUGUAACGGCUAGUAUUACCGAUGAGAGGGGGAAUCAGAAGGGUAUUUAUAGGGCGUAUUGUACGAGUUGUUGGAAACAAGAGGCGAGCGCGGAAUGGAAGUUGUGUACUUAUACCGAGGCGCCGCAUCCUUAG